GAAGGUUCAGGUCUCAACAUCCUGCUGGGAAAUGGGGAUCUUUGCUGAACAUUGUGUAUAUAUAGGGGUGUCCCAGCACCAUGAGUCGCAGUUCAACCGUGAACGUUCUUAGGUGAAAUAUCCAGAAAUGUUGCGAUUUAUCAUCCUCGGGGCACUGGCGACCCUCGCCGCAGCCCAAUUCCAGCCCCAAUCUCCAGGAAGAAUUUUGGAGCCACCAAUUCCACAGCUGUGCGCUCAAAGAACGAUUCACGAGCGUUUUAAUGGAAAAGGCUAUUACUAUUCCUGGGCGGAUCCGAGGACUGCAGGUCAGGAAAUAGAUUGGCUUUCAGGGAGAAAUUUCUGCAGGCAACGUUGUAUGGAUCUCGUCUCCCUGGAGACAUCCGCCGAGAAUGAAUUUAUCAAGAGUCGUCUGGUACAGAACAAAGUCAAGUACAUCUGGACGUCGGGACGUCUCUGUGACUUCAAGGGAUGUGACAGAGCAGAUUUACAACCCCUGAACAUCAAUGGAUGGUUUUGGACAGCUGAACUCCAGAAACUCGCACCCACAAGUGAUCGCAAUCAGAAUGACUGGUCAGAGAGUGGAGGCAUCGGCAAAUCACAGCCUGACAACCGCGAGGCCAUUCAGGGUGGAGCACCUGAGAAUUGUCUAGCUGUUCUCAACCAGUUCUACAAUGAUGGCGUUAACUGGCACGAUGUCGCUUGCCACCACAAGAAACCCUGGGUCUGCGAGGAAAAUGACUCUCUACUCAAAUACGUUCGCUUCACAAAUCCAAAUAUUCGUGUUUAAUUCAUUAAAUUAGCAGCUAAAGGGAAAAACAACAAUGAAUUAUUCUCUCCGUAUUUACGAAAAAUACUCACCGCAAAAUUUAUAUAUAUUCUUUUAUUUUUCCGAAUCUUUGAAUUCUUGCACAGGAAAAUUUUCUGGCUGAAGCCAGUCCUAAAAAUUGAAUUGACACUGCGUUUUAUCCCUUGGCUGUUGAACUCAUCUUUACAUUUAAGAGCGAAUAAUUACAAAUGGCAGCUAUUCAUGAGCGACUGAGUAACUUGUAUAGACAGUAUAUUUAUUGCGAUCAUUCAAAGCUUCUUUCACUGUCAAUGAAUUUCGAGAGAAAUUCAAAAAACAUCAGUUAACACAUCAUUGUUCCUUUAGUUUAAGAAUCGAAAGACAAGUUGUUUCGCCAAUUAUUUGAUAAAUUUUAUUUGUGUAUGACGAUAAUAAAAAAGUAUUUACAAAAUA